AUGCACCGCAAACGAGGAAAUGGAUCCACGCCUUCCAUACCACCAGAGACCAAAGCCAGCCCUCGUCGACGAAGUGAAUAUCGACGAAUCGCAUCCGGAAAGGCGCGUUGGCAUCGGUGGCGACCUCGACGAAAAGAUCAAGAGCAACUGGUCAUAUUGCUCAAACAGAACGUGCACCUUUUCGCAUGGUCAAUGGCAGAUAUGAAAGGGAUCGACCCGGCAAUCACAUCCCACGAGCUAAACGUGGACUCUACCUACAAACCCAUGAGACAGAAAAGACGCAAGCUCGGCGCCGAUAAAGCUCAAGCAGUCAAUGAAGAAGUGGAAAAACUGCUUAGAGCCGGAUCGAUCACGAAGUAA